AUGGGGAGAGCUGCCCAGAAAACUCUCCUCUCUUUACUCUGUCUAGCAGCAACGGUUUGUCAGGCUCAGGACACCUGCUCAGAGGUGAACUUAGUGGGUUUCAACAGUACUGAUAAACUCUCCAUUUUGCAAGGCUGCCCUGGAAUUCCAGGUGCCACAGGGCCCAGAGGAGACCCAGGAAAUGCAGGAACAAGAGGAGAACAGGGACCUCUGGGGAUCCCUGGAAAGGAGGGAAAAACUGGCCCAAAAGGAGAAAGAGGUCCUGCUGGCCACCCUGGAGCGAAAGGAGAUAAAGGAGCCCCGGGAUGUACAGGAAUGCCCGGAACACCUGUGCAGAAAGUCGUGGAAGACAUACUGUGUAAGAAAGGAGCAAAGAACUGCAAGGAGCUGUUAGCUAGAGGCAACAUCAUGAGCGGCUGGUACACCAUCUACCCCCGUGACUGUAAAGCCAUGACCGUGCUGUGUGACAUGGACACAGAUGGCGGAGGAUGGAUUGUGUUCCAGAGACGGGCGGAUGGCUCUGUGGAUUUUUACCGUGACUGGUAUUCAUACAAGAGAGGUUUUGGCAGCCAGCUGUCAGAAUUCUGGCUGGGGAAUGACAAUAUCCACCUGCUGACAUCCCUUGGUCCCAACGAGCUUCGUGUCGAUCUCAGAGAUUUUGACAACAAUGAUGUAUUUGCUACAUUCUCAUCUUUCAGAAUUACAGGGGAGGUUGAGAAAUACACGCUGAUAAUCGGACCCUUUCUUAAAGGCACUGCAGGGGAUUCUUUAUUCGGACACAACGGCAUGAUGUUUUCAACCCACGACCGUGACAACGACAUGUCAUCAAUAAACUGUGCAAUAGCCUUUAAAGGGGCCUGGUGGUACAGUGAAUGUCAUGCAUCCAACCUGAAUGGAUUAUACCUGAAAGGAGCCCACAAAAGCUAUGCUGAUGGGGUGAACUGGAAGUCAUCCAAAGGGCACCACUACUCCUUCAAGAUGACAGAGAUGAAAAUCAGGCCCGUGUAGCCAGUCAGGGAGGCACUUGUAAUAAUUGUACUGAGCUCUUAUACAGCAGUUAUAGGCCUGUCAUAAUAAACAUUAAUCUGAAGAUGACACUAAAGAUCUUUUCUUUAUGCACCAGCCACGAGGGGGCAGACAUCAUCAUAGACACUUACCCAGCGCAGUGCACUAGGACUAGAGCAGGUAAAAAAAGAUAAAAAUAGUUUUGUGGGGAAAAAAUUGAAUUUUUCAGUUGUUUUCAUUUCAAAAGAUUCUAAAUUAACCCAUUUUUGCUUUUGGCUUUUGUGCAUUAAAAAAGUAUGAU